AUGAUUGUAUCCGAUGGUUGGGCCGCCUACGGUGGCAUCAGAACCCUCCAGAGAGCGUUUACACACAGAUGGGUCAAUCACAAAGUAAACUUUGUUGACCCCAGCGAUCGACGAGUUCACACUCAGUCUAUUGAAGCCACAUGGGGUGCUUUCAAACGGGAACUCAAAGCGAAAUAUGGCGUCCCAGAAGAUCAACUCGACGGAUACAUGUCGACAUACAUGUUUAGACGAUACUUCGGAAGAAAAAAACUUCUGAACCACCUUCUGAUCGAGAUGAAGUAUUAUAAGAAAGAAGAUGACUAUGAUUCAAGUGAAUCUGAACUCUCCACGGAUGAAAGCUCUGAUUACGACGGCGGUGAAGACGAGUCCGAUUCCAGCGACCCGAAUCAUGGAGACGACGAUGAUGAAGACGGAGCAGAUAGUACAGUUGAUGAUAAUAAUGGCUAUGAUGAUGAUGAUGACAAUAAUGACUAUGAAGAUAAUGGUGAUAAUAAUGAUGAUGAUGAUUAUGAUGAUGACGAUAUCCAAAACGAGGAUGAAUCAGAGUUUGAGGAAGAGCAGGAGGGAGAGCAAGAAGAAGAACAGGACGAAGAGCAGGACGAAGAGAAGGAGGAUGAGGAGCAGGAUGAGGAGCAGGAUAAGGAGCAGGAUGAGGAGCAGGAUAAGGAGCAGGAUGAGGAGCACGAAAAGAAUCACGAAGAUGAGUACGAAGAUGAACAGGAAGAGGAAGAUCAAUUGACUGAAGCACCGACCACGAAAAUCUUCAGAAAAAGAAAACAGUUCGAUUCUGAUAGAGUUUCAUUUGCUCCCAAACAACGAAAUGAAAGAAACAAUCGCGCCUUUACAUUUUCAACAAGACAAACCACAAUGGCUGCUCGUUUGAAUCGAAAUAGAAACGAACGUCGAAGUUCUUCUACCGCUUCUACAAUGAGAACCACCACCUCUUCUAAGCCAGAAAUGAUUAUCAAAACCAACAGACCAAUUUCGUCAACUACACCAAGGCAAACGACGACCAAAACUCGAAAACCUCGGAAGAAGACACAAAGUCGAAAAGCUGAUCCUACAACCACCAUCACAACCACAGCAACCAUGAGGACCACGACCACCAUGAGAACAAGACGAACAACUUCCCAUCAGUCGAGAAGAACCACGACAGAACCUCGUACGAAACGGACGACGUCUGCCCCUGAAACGAGACAAACAACCAUCACCACUCAGAAGACUCGGAAUGAUAGAAGAAGACGCGGGCGGCCCACUACCACCACUCCAAGAUCGACUACCAUUACUCCAAGAUUCACAACCACUACUCUAAAAUCCACUUUCACCGGCCGAAGGAAGUUCAAAGGACGCGGAUAA